AUGGCUCACAUUACCCACAACAACGACUGCGAAGCUGGAGCUGCACCAUCCACCCAGCAGGGCCAGGGCGGAGGGGGCAGUAACAAUGUAGCUACAGACUUAACUCUGUACGAGUUCAAGGAGCAGCUCCUGCUGCUGUCCACUCUGGUCACAGCGGUGACCUACGUCGCCGGGCUGAACCUGCCGGGGGGGUCCUGGGAGCAGGAUGACCCCGGGGGCCACAUCGCCGGUGAUCCGAUCCUACGGGAUCUCCACUACCACCGGUACCUCGCCUUCUACUACUCCAACGCCACCGCAUUCGCCGCGUCCCUUGUGAUCUCCCUCAUCCUCGUCAUCCUGCCAAAGAAGAACCAUGUUUGGACAUCGGUGCUGCGGGUGGUGAUGAUGGUCGAUCUACUUGGCCUCAUGGGCUCCUAUGGUGCCGGGAGCUGCCGGGAUGCGUUCACCACCAUCUUCGCAGUGGUAGCCUUCUCUGUUUUGAUAUUGUGCAUCAUUGGUGUUUUCUUCUCCUACCUCUGGCUGAAUGGUGACAAAGAGGCCCACUCCAACCCCAUCUCCAAUGCCAACUCGAACUCCGAGUCCAUCUCCAUCUCAGAUGCCAACUCGAACUCCGAGUGCAUCACCAUCUCCCAUUACAACUCCAAUUCUAUCUCCGCCCCUGACGCCACCUCCAGUUCCAACUUGAACCCUAUCUCCAACCCCAAAUACAGUUUUAUUUUCCGUGCCAGCAAGCAAGUCCCGACACAAAAUAACGUGUUGAAUUUACUUGUUAACUCCAAGAAGCAAAAGAAGUAUCAGAUCGAUGUGUUAAUGUUACUGGCAACAUUAGCAAUCACCAUCACAUACGUUGCCGGGCUUAGCCCACCUGGUGGAUUCUGGAGCAGCACCCAGGAUGGCCAUCAUUUGAGCGACCCCGUGUUACAAGCCCGACGUCGGUUCCGUGCCUUCUACGUUUGCAACACCACCUCGUUUGUCGUGUCCCUACUCAUCGUCGUGUUUCUCCUGGAGAAGAUGAUGCUCGGAGAGAAGGAGCUGUUCGGGAGAUUGACAUGGUGGUUCGUGAAAAAGAAGCUCAUGCCAAUGCGGCUUGCGGUGCCCUACUGGUUGAUUGCCAUUGCUUUGUUGGGACUCAUGGGGGCCUAUGCUGCUGGGAGUUGCAGAGGUGCUGGCAGUACUGUCUUGGUGCUUGCUAUUCCUGUCUGCGUCUUCCUCCUGCUGGCGCUUGUUUUCCUUCAGGAACAGAAUCUUAUUCUUUCCAUAGUAAGGCGGUGGUUCAAAGCGCGGUUCGGCACCCCUCGAGGUACAUAUGCAGGUACCAACACAUAUCACCAAAUCACUCGCAAUCUUGGUACGCUCCUUGCUGUUUUUGUGGUGACCAUCACUUACCAAGCUGGACUAGAUCCACCGGGGGGCCUCUGGCAAGAGGAUGGGGAUGGACAUAAAAUUGGCCAUCCGGUGCUGCAAACCACACAUCCUACUCGGUACAUAGUGUUCUUCUAUGGCAACUCCACAGCUUUUGUAACAUCCAUGCUCAUCAUCUUGAUGUUCCACAGCAAGUAUUUGCUCACGCGGCCCAUAGUGGAAGCAACCAUGGGACUAGACCUACUGUGCCUCAUAACGGCUUAUGGCGCUGGUAGCACUAGGGAUGUAAACACAUCCAUCUACAUCAUCACCUUGGAAGGUCUUCUUCUAGUCUACGUCAUCGUCCAUAUGUCCGUUAAAGACUCUGGUCCAGAGCCGGAAGGUUAUGCUGCAGUAAAGGAUCUAGAAGACAAGCGCAAGAUGUUGCUGUUGAUUGCUAUAUUGGUCACAACCCUCACAUACCAAGCUGGUCUCACUCCGCCAGGUGGCUUUUGGUUAGCAGAUGACCAAGCACUCGGUCGCCAUGUGGGUUUCCCAGUUCUCCUCGACAAUUACCCUCGCCGUUACAACAUAUUCUUUUAUAGCAACACAGCAAGCUUCAUGUCGUCAAUAACCCUCCUCCUUUUUCUCAUCAGUCCCAAACUUUAUAGGCUAGGUAUAGAUUGUUAUGUGCUCUAUGUGUGCAUGCUGGUGGGCAUGUUUGGCCUCAUGGGCGCUUAUGCUGCUGGAAGCUCCAGGCAUCUGAAAACCUCCAUUUUUGUGUUAACCUUGGUUGUGCCGGUGUUGGCAAUCAUAACCUUGCUGAUAGCCCUUUUUUGGUUCUUCUCGAAACAAAGUCAUGGCAGCAGCGACAACAUCACCUCCAUCAGAAACAACGACAACAGUAAUACAACAACCACAGCCACAAUCACAACCACCAUCACCGCCACCACCACCACCACCACCACCAUAGCUACCAACAACAACGACGACGACGACGACGACAAAGAGAAAUAUACAAUUGAAUACUUCAUGUUGCUAGGUAUCCUGGGUGCAAGUAUGACAUACCAGACUGGCCUAAAACCACCAGGCGGCUUGUGGCAGGACAACUCCGAAGGACACUCAGCUGGCAACCCCAUCCUCCACGACAUCAACGAGCACCGGUACAAUGCUUUCUUCUACAGCAACUCCACUUCCUUCAUGGCCUCAAUCGUAGUCGUCAUCAUGCUGCUGCCAUUGACCAUCAAAAAGUAUCAUGAUCUCCAUCUGCCAUUCUGGCCGAUGCACACAGCCAUUUUAUUGGACAUGCUUAGCCUCUUAGUGGCCUACACUGCAGGCAGUACUAGGAAAUGGGAAACCUCCAGAAACGUCAUGUUCCUCAUCAUUCCUGUGUUUCUCUACAUUGCGGUCUACGUAGCAGCGUCGGUCUUCUACCACAGGAAAGACCAUGUAUUGAUAAGGUCAAACGCAAUAGUAGCCCGCUUAGUGACAGAAUGA